AUGAACUUCGAUCCCGAGGAUAUUUCCCCGCCAACUUUUUCUCCACAUACGACCAACGCCCACAACGUUAGCAAAUCAAGAUCUCGGCGUCCAUGUGACUCUUGUCGUCGGCGCAAGUCACGAUGCGAGAUACCAGAGGGUAAUGGGCCUUGUGUUCUUUGCCGUUUCCAUCGCCAAGCAUGCACAUUCGAUGAAGCUCCGCAACCCCGGAAGCGGCGAGCCGUGGCGGUUGACGAAUACUCUGAGACCAGCGAACCUAUCCGAAGUCACGUACCGUGUGUUUCGCACAGUCGCGGCAACAAUACCACAUCUGUGUCGCCUCAGGAUGUUCCGUUUAGCAUCCGACAGGAUCCGCCGAUCGAUGACUAUGCGAACUUACCUGGACCUUCUCUGUUGAAGCAGACGUUAGGCCUACAGACGGGCAGACAUAGUCGCCUGCUUGGACCCACUUCCGAGUAUGAACAGUUACUUCUGGCGCUUGAACCAAGUCAGCCUACCCAGGCUUCCAAUCUCUCGGUCGGGCAUCUUACAUUGAGGCGGGUCGACGAUGCUGAUACGACAACCUUCAUUUCUUCGCCUGACUUUGGCACACUAAACAGUCAACAUGAUAUCAUAGACCUUGACGCUGUUGAAAUGGUUGUCGCGCCUCACGGCUCUGCCCUGAUACGACUGUUUUUCCGCAUCGUGCACCCCAGCUUUCCAAUCUUGCAUAAGAAAGUAUUCCUUGAGAAGUAUGACCGUACUCAUCGGGAGUUCUCACCUCCACUACUAGCAGCAGUAUAUUUACUAGCUUUGAAUUGGUGGUCUUACUCGAGUGAGCUUAGCCUGCUCCAAAAACCGGAUGUGUCACAUCUGGAGAAGCUGGCCAUGAAGUCAUUGAGUAACAUCUCUCACCGGCCUAAGCUCUCUACCAUACAGGCAGGCUUACUUCUCCUCCAGAGACCAGGAGGAAACAACUGGGCCUUAACCUCGCAGCUUGUCGGGCUAGGGCAAGAUAUGGGUCUUCAGCUCGAUUGCACAGCAUGGCGCAUCCCAGUCUGGGAGCGUGGACUGCGGAAACGCCUGGCAUGGGCCAUUUUCAUGCAGGAUAAAUGGGGUUCUCUUGUACAUGGAAGACCAUCCCACAUCACGACAAUGGAUUGGGACGUGCAGCCUCUGAAUGAAGACGACUUCCCAGAAAAUGCUGCUGAUGAAAACGAUGAGGAUGGGAGUACCGAAGUGGAGAAGGGACGAACAUUAUUCUGCUACAUGGUCAAGCUCACACAAAUUCUGGGACAGAUACUACAAGAGUUUUAUACCCUCAAGGCAGAGCGCGAAUUCGCGAAUCGUGCGCAUGAAGGGGUGCGCUCAUUUCUCGAUGCGGCAAAGCCUCUGCAACUUUCUCUACGUCAGUGGUAUACCAAUAUGCCGCUUACUCUGAAGAUGCAAGAUAUUGCUGCUAGAAAGCUGUCUAGUGUAGGAUACCUCCACCUAGGCUAUUACGCCGUUGAAAUGACCCUGCACCGACGGAUCAUUCGCUCAUUAUCAUCUGAAGAUGCUCUAGAACUCCGCCACAUAUGCCGUCAAGCCGCGCAAACCCGGCUCACUUCUGCUUUGAACUUUGUUCAAUCCCUCCGUGCUGAGCAUGUCCAGUCCUUUUGGUACUCUGCAUCAGCGUACAACUUUGUACUUAUUGGUUCUUUCAUCUCACUUCUUUGGGUGACGUCCACUGAUAAAGAAGAGUCGGGGAUUUAUCGAGCUAAGUUAGAUGAGUACCGUUGGAUGUUGCGUCUUUCGAGCAAGUCGGCGGACUUCCUUGAAAAUGCGCUAGCUUCUUUGAACGCGUCUACUGGCGCAUUAGUGAGAGCCAUCCCGGAAAACCCAGAUCCGAAUCUUAUACUUGGUGCUUAUCAGCUCAGAGCAAGACGCAAGUCGUCACUAGGUGUUGCCUUGAGUCACCUGGAGGGAUCAAUGUCUGUACCGGCUGCUUCGACUUCGCCAGCAGCGCGGCACUGCGAAGGCAUGGGUGGAACGCUGCUUGAAGACAAUGGCGGUGUAGAUCAUUCUUGGUUUUAUGCGCUCGGUGAUAGCGCGUUGGACGCUGACUACGGCGUGCACCGUGAGAGCCUGGAUUCGGCAAGAAGCUUUCAUGUUCCGUAA